GGGCCCCGCCGUCACCAACAUUUCCUUUUCCUCAACCUCAACCCUCAACUCAAAUCCUUGAGGUUUCCUUAACUGAGAUUUUCCUCAAUUCGCCGUCACCAAACAGUCUGAGGAGUACCUCAGUUGAGGCUGAAAAUGCACACUCAACUCAGUUGAGAAAGUACACGAUUAAUUUCGGGUGAUUUCGCGGAAUAUUUUAUGUAAUUAUUUUACGUAAUAAAAUUUCUCUCGUUUGCAUUUGUGUUUUGUAAACAUGGCUGAAAAAGAUAUUUUAAGAUUGAUUUCGAGUGCAAAGAGGAAGCGGGGGGCUAACUGGUCCACUGAGGAUGAGAUCGUGUUGAUCGAGGAAGUUUUGAAGAACGAAGAGAAGUUAUUUGGAAAAAUGAAAGGGGCGGGGAUGAAGGGGAAACAUGUAAAACUGAAAGAAGAGACAUGGCAGUCUAUAACAGACACAUUGAAUUCGCAAUUUAGAAAUGAAAGAACCUCAGAAUCAAUUUCUAAAAAGUACGACAACGUAAAACAGAGAGCCAAGGAUAAGAUUGACGGAAUACGCCGUCCCAAGACAGGGGGAGGUCCACCAAUGCCACCACUGACCCAAGCUGAGGAGGUCCUCUAUCAAGCUAUGGACUCUAGACCCAACAUUGUAGGCGUGAUUGGCGGAAUUGAUUCAGAUGAACCACUGAUAUGUUUUUCUGAACCUCAAGAGGAAGUAUGUGCUUCAGCCGCGGUGACAGGUGUAUCGAGUUGUGUAGCAAGUGGGAGCGGUGACGCCUCAAGCUCAUUUAGUGUUAGACGAUCUAUGGAGAAGAAGAACAGGAAGACAAAGAGAGAUAUUGUCGAGGAUUUGGAAAUAGAAAACAUUAAGCUAGAAAACGCAAAACUUGUUCUAGAAAUGAAGAAGCUUGAACUGGAACAGAGAAAAUUAGAGGCAGAGGAAAAGAAAUUUCAAAAUGAAAAUCAUUUAAUUGAAUUAAAGAAAUCCUAUUUGAUUUGUAAUCUAAAUGCGGAAUUUCCUGAGUGCAUGUUACAUGUAAACCCAGCUUGUAUGUAGUCAGGAAAGACCAAACACAUCUUCUCAAAAGAAAAAAAACGACCAGAAAUGAAAAAUAAUUUGAUCACUAAUGUCAUUGUCAUUGUUUUUAUCAGAUAUAUAGGACAUACUUCAGCUAAAUUGCCAAGUGGCAAUAUCUUCUUACCGACCUAUCCAUCUAUUAAUUCAUAUCUGUAUAUUGAAUUCUGAAUUUCCAGAAUCCAUCAUAAACCCAAUGUGUCAAUGAAUUACCUUUGAAAAAUCUUAAACCCUUGAUCCGGGAAGUAAACAAGAAAAGUAUAAGAAACAGUAAAGGUUACACAGCUAUUCAUUUUUCGAACAUUAUUUAACAUUUCAAAUGAGAUUCUUCUUUAACAUGUACAUGUAAUUCCAAAGUCUGUCCACGACCUGAAAUGAAAAUAUAUAUAUAUAUCACUAGUCUACAACUGUAAUAUUGAAUAUACAUUUGUAUAUACUGAUUGAGCUUUGGGGUAAAUGAUGCAAAAUUCUGCAUUCUGAGCUUCCCUUGGCACUCCUUUUUUCACUUUCAAAUUGUCUACGUCUUAAACAAAACUGUUCUGUUACAUAUAUACAUGCACUUUUUAAGAAUUCUUAAGUGAUACUUGAAUGCGACAAAAAUAUCGUAAAUGUAUAUCAGUGGUCUUAUUUAUCCUAGAAUUAAAUGAUAUACUGUU